UUUUCGCAAAGAUUCCCAUGUCGACCAUGGCGGCUCCCCAACAAAUGCGUGGGUGCUUGUGGAAUCCUGCCUCCGCUCGGGAGCCAUUUCGCCACAAACCACCCAAUGAGAAGGGCAAAGCUCUGCGCGUCCGCGUCAUGUUCAACCAUCGUUUGGCGGGUGCCCUGACUGUCGUCCAAUUCAACAACCAAAGAAAGAGGCCACGUCGUUCCGCGCUCCCCUCGAGUGGUUGGGAGGGGAUAGUGUGCAAACUCCAAGGGCGGCAUGAUGUCUUUGAAACAUCGUCGUUUUUAUGUCAUCACCAGGGUCGUUACCACACAACCGAACUACUCCAACAAAACACAACCAUCUGUCCUCUCGUACCCACCAAGGCCGGUAGCAAUCCCAAUCCACCGCUGCUUCAAGGCUACAGGCAUCCAAUGACGUCUCCCUCUUUUGCUGAUCUCAUGGGAAACUCUGAGGGCCAAAUCUAAAUCAAAUCUAAACACCCUGUGCGCCCAAGCACGGCUCCACUGGACCCUUUUUCCACAACGCCGCAUGCUUGGCUCCAGUUUGAGGCCCUCGAUGCUCACGAGUCUCUUCAUCCCUGCCGAAUCGAUGGCUUCUGAUACGCUGUGAGCAUGUCAGAAGUCUGCUAUGACAAGUCUGGAAGGACCCUGUAGAUCUCUGGCUGCAUCCUCUAACUUUUCUGGGGCCGCUUGGAGUGUCCAUCAGUGUCGAUCGAUACCGUGGAAAAGCAGAGGGGUGUUGUGCGGCUUUUUGGCUCAUGGUCUUGUGGCCUAUGCACGCCAGAAAUCAUAUUUAUCAGCUCUCCCCCCUCCCUUCACUUCACCAUCACAACAACUUCAAUCAGCUACAACCAACAACACACAAACGCUUUCCUCAUUUCUCUAUCUCCUUCAAAGUCUUCUUCUUCUACAUACAUUAGCGGCUUCACCAAAACAAACCACCCCAUCACCAUGUCUUCCUCCAACAGCGUCUACAUCAACGAGAAGUUCUCCGAGCCCAUGGCUGCUCAACACGAGUUCGCCAACAACUUCGACAUGAACGACCCCACCGCCGCUAUGUCGAGUUAUGCUCGCAUCAUGCACGAACACACCAAGAAGCAGCUCAACAGUGCUACGAACUCCGCACGCCGUCGAUCCGAAGGAUCCACUUCGUCGUCAACCUCCCUCCAGACCGUGAGCUCAGCAUCCUCAUAG